AGUCGACAACAUUUGAAGUUUUUACGGGGAAGCUAAGCACUAGGAAAUAGGGAAGUCAGAGGUUCUGGGUGAAGCAGGGGGCCUCCAAUGUUGCUGAGUGGUGGCUCUCGCAUUUCGCAUCAUCUCCGAGAAUGCGACCUCCAUUUCCACUUAAGCUGCAGAUUUCGUUUCUACAGUUCCCAAAUUGUUCUGCUUUCCUUUCCAUCGCCUCUGAAUGCUUCUUGGCCAUGUAUUGAAAAGCAAACCAGAAUGUCUUCUUCUUCUUCUUCUUCGUCGUCGUCGUCAUCGUGCUAUGCCGGCAUCCCGUCUGAGUCUCCUCGAGAAAUUCCACCCUUUUUUUACUCUUUCAGCCAACAAGAAGAUGAUCAGGAAAUUAUCUCCGAUGGAUUAUCACCAAUAGCAGGAGGAGUUGUAGCAUUGGGAAAGUUUGAUGCCUUGCACAUUGGUCAUCGGGAGCUUGCCAUUCAAGCGUCAAGGGCUGGGCCUCCAUUUCUUUUAUCACUUUCUGGAAUGGCUGAAGUACUUGGCUGGGAACAAAGGGCUCCUAUAGUUGCCAAAUGUGACCGAAAGCGAGUGCUUUCUUCUUGGGCUCCUUAUUGCUGUAAAACGGUCCCAAAAGAGUUCCAAGUUGAGUUUUCAAAAGUGAGACAUCUCAGCCCUCGUGAAUUUGUUGAGAAGUUAUCAAGAGAGCUUAGAGUGCGUGGAGUUGUUGCUGGUGAGAACUACCGAUUUGGGUAUAAAGCUGCUGGGGAUGCAUCAGAUUUGGUAAAGCUGUGUGAUGAAUAUGGUAUGGAAGCUUACAUAAUAAAGUCUGUUAUGGACAAGUAUCAGAACUCCGCAACUUUAAAUACCAGCAACCCAAAAGAGAGAGGACAGGUUUCAUCUACUCGUGUUCGGCAGGCUCUUGCUGUAGGAGACAUGAGGUAUGUCUCAGAGCUUCUAGGUCGACCGCACCGUAUCGUAUUGAUGGCCACUGACUCAGAACGAUUUAGUGUUGGCGAUUACAAGGUAUCUGCUUCUAAAUCCUGCUUAAUGAAUCUUGCACCAAAGGAAGGUUUAUAUGAGAAAUGUUAUCUUAUCCUUGAUCAAGAGAAUGUAGUGCAGUGUAGAGUAGUCAUUGAUACCAAUUUUGUCCAUGUAGAAAUGGGUGGCUUAGGCCUGAGUGACAAUUUCAGGACUCAACAUUUUCAGUUCUUGCAAAUUGAAUUUGCUGGUUCCAGCUCUUGAUUCAGUUAAAAAUUUUAGCCUGUAUGCUCAGAUAUGUCAUAUUUAUAUCAUACUCCCAAAAUUCUUGGGAUUCAAAUGCCUUGUCAUGAGGCUGAUCAAAGUUGUGGCUUAGUCUUCA